AUGGAUUCUAUUCCAUUGACGGCAGUUGACCAACAUUGGAGGAUGCUUACAACAACAGCUACACCUGAUGAAUCUCAACCUGUUAUGAGAUUGAGCAUUGCAACAAAGUUGGAGGUCUUUGCGAAGAUGUUUGAAGAGGCUAAUGUUCCGAUGAGACAAGCUAUCAAAGAGAGGCUUCGGGAGAUUGCAUACCCAAAUCAGACUUCUUUGUGUCCUCCUCCAAACAAAUUGCCUACAAAGGGCCGGCCUGGUGAAUUUAAGGGUUCAACUAGACGUCUUCCUUCAAAGUGGGAGAAUGUUGAUAAUCUAGUAAAGUCACUACAAGCUAGCAACUCACCUGGGCUUCCUAGCAGUAAGGUCACUAAGGUGCCUAAAAUUCGCUCAACAAAGUGGAAGAGCUUAACACCGAAACAAUCAGCACCAAAGAAGAAAGGCAAGAGGAUGGCAAUCAAGUUACCUGGGCUCCCCCCACAGUCCCCUAAACCCAAAGUUUACUCAACCAACUACAUUCAUGAGGUGUCUGAAUUCCUCCGUGAACAUGUAAUUGACAUUGUGAAUUGUGGAUAUAGAUGCAUUGCUUCUUUGAUGGGCAAGGGGGAAAAUAACUGGCAUGAAGUUCGGCACGAAAUGAUAAGGGAGCUUACAUCACGCAAGACAAUUUACCUUGAUUUGUAUACCACAAACAAACAUUACGAUCAGGUACUGCAAGCCUUGCAUCUUGCUCCGAGGGAGAUUGCAACAAUGGACAAGUGGUUAAACAUGCCUGAUAUGGGUCACAUUGUUGCUACAUUGUACCAAAUUAUGUUUGUGACCUUGUCAGCUAAGGGGUGCUCCACCUACCUUCCUCUCACCGGUCCAGUGCCACAUCCGUUAGAGCACCAGAUUGUAUGUUUGUUCCUUGUCAACAACAACCAUUGGGUGAAGGCGCAUAUAUCAAGUGACUUUCCUUUGCCGGUGAUUAAUCCACAAUGGCGCUAUCAUUGUACCGUUGAAGCUCGUGGUUGGGAGCGACCAUACCUGGAUCGCAUGACCAGAUUUGUGGAGAACAUACCUGGAUGGCAGAGCGAUGAAAUCAUAGAUCUCGUUGAUGACUAG